ACAGGAGCGUGUACGGUCCAAGCUUCACUGGCAACGAUAUUCACAAAAGCAACACCAAUUAUGUUUCAAGUGUUUCAUAGGUAAAUGUGGAAUGAAAACUGCUCCUCAUCUUCAUCCACAUAUCCGGGAUCAAGUUGUGGGGGUAACAGCUCCAGCAGGCAGUGGCGGCUCCACACUGACUUACUCUCCGGGUAAAUCAACAUGGCCUACGUUGGUAUCCAGUCAUUUUUGAUUGCCCUUUGGGCCGUGAUGGCAGAUGCUUCCUCACUUCCUAAGGUUGACUGUAAAACCGAUGUCGUAGCACAGUACAGCCGACAGACGACGCUGGAGUGCACCAUCAAAGACACACAGAGUGAUAUAGAAAUCCGAGUGGUCACUUGGACGAAAGCUGGUGAGGCUCUUCUGAGUUUUCAUAACGGCAAAGUCACAUCUGCAACCGGCGUUCAGUUUGCAGAACCUUCAUGGAAUUCGGCAAAUAGGAACGUAUCAUUGCUGAUCACCAACACUGGUAUGGUGCAUGCUGGCAUUUACGAGUGUGAAGUGGUGACAAUGAGAGGUCGUGACAAAAGAGAGAUCAACCUCAGUGUCACAGCUAAAUACAGCAAACCAACUAUAAGGUCUGUGCCAAAGACGAUCGAUCCGAAUGCAGAAGCCACUUUGAUCUGUAGCUCCAGUGGCGGUUACCCAGAAGGUCAGCUUCACUGGUUUGAUGUCGACAACUAUGAGUGGACAAAAAACAUUAAAACGGAUGUGACGCAGACCGACGUGGGUUUGUACAACCUCACCAGUAAGCUUCAGCUGGGAUCCGUCUUGUCCAAGUACACCUGCGUGGUCUUCAAUGCCAGUGGAUCCAAAGAGGACGAAGCCACGUUUAAUGUGCCGCCGGUUAGUUCAGGACAGGGAGGAGACAAGGACUCCAACUCCAACAAGUCCACAGUAGUUGCUCCUAUGGUGGUCAUCGGCUCGCUGAUUGUGGGACUGCUCUUAUUAAUUAUUGUGCUUUACAAAACGCGCAAGAGAGCAGGUGCCAAGAGGCACUCCGUGGUACCUCUUAUUGGGGAGCCUGAGGCAAGUCCUGCAAAUGAUUACACAAGAACUGAUGAAGAUGAGCAACUUCAGGACGUCUGAGGGAUUACAGCAUACAACAUGAAUGUCUUCAUUUCCAGACAGUCUCAGAAAUGUAAUACUUCCUUGUUUGUUUAAGUCCAUUUUGCCACAUGGUUGUACUUUGUUAUACUAACAGCCAUACAUAUGUGCAUGAAUGACCUGUAUCACUGUGAUUUAAUGUACCAGAUGUGACUUCAUUAUUCCUGACACUCAGAUUGAAUGAGAGCCCCAUUUAAAGCAUUGGAAAGGUCACGAUAUGGACCUAUAGGAUAACACUUCUCACGUAGGCUGGAGGAAUGUUUGACGGACAUAAUACAACACCAUUAUCUCUGACUUGCCUCUUUAUAUCUUUGGAAAGUAAGGUGUUGCGCCCUGUCAUAGGACAUCUUGGUUCCCCAGGAAUAAAUCUCUGGCACAUUCACAAAAUGGGACAAAGACUUUUUAAAAAGUUCUACAAGUUGUUGUUUUUGGCCCUGUGUGUCCAUCCAUCCACGUGUGAACAAAAUAACUCCAGUUUGAAUCAGACUUGGUGGAACAGUUGAGGGUCAGCCAAGUACAAAGAUUUGAUUUUGGAAAGUCAAGAUCAUAGGACAAGGUCACAUUUUUGGCCAUUUGUAUUGGGGGAUCACAGGUACCGUGUUGGCAUGAACUAUUCUAAACACAAUAUUCUUAAAUUAUUUUCAUGUUAUUUUGAAGAAAAAUCACCAUCCAGCAUCCACACCGCAACAAAAAGGAUGCAAGCAAAAUUUAAAAGACUGUUUUUGAUUGGUGGACUCCAUUGGCUGCCACCUGCAUUUACUUGGCACGUUACACAAAGACGUCUCUUAAGCAAGCAACUUAACUUCUUUUU